UUGGGGCACAGACCCUGGGGCCCCACAGGGCGGGUCGGGGGCGGUUUCGGGCUGGAGUAGGCACGCCCUCGGGGAGACCCGCGGGGGACGGAGCUCCCAGCUGAGGCCGGCGGUUGGGGAGUGAGCAGCAGACGCGCGAGGGUGCGUUCACGCCGGCCGGGGCCUGGGGCUCCUCGCGGCUCAGCGGCGUCCCCGCCCCGCGCAGGCAUCUCGUCGCCUGUGAAAAAGACAAAGAUGGACAAGUCGCCAUUCAAUAGCCCCUCGCCGCAGGACUCGCCGCGCCUGUGCAGCUUUACGCAGCACCACCGGCCCGUGAUCGCAGUGCACAGCGGUGAGCGCGAGGCGGGGCGGGGGCUGGGCGGGGGCCAGGGACAGAGCGCACACACAGGCGCGGGGCGGGGCCGGGGCCAGGGUCGAGCGCUGGGCCCACGCCCCGCUCUGACCGCCCCGCCGCGUAGGCAUCGUCCGGAGUCCACACCCGUCCUCCGCCCUGCACUUCCCCACCACGUCCAUUCUGCAGCAGACAGCGUCCACCUACUUCCCGCAAAGGGCCAUCCGCUACCCGCCGCAUCUCAACCCUCAGGACCCGCUCAAAGAUCUCAUGUCGCUUGCCUGCGACCCGGCCAGCCGGCAGCCUGGUCCGGGCCAGGACUGAAGCACGCGCGCCUGCCCCUCCCCCGGCCCCGACUGCCCAGGUCCAGAUGAUUUGACCAUUGCUGCAAGUGUGGUGUUGAAGCCCUCAACCAUCAUUGUAUUGCAGUUCAUGUAUACCAGUUUGGGCCACAGCUGCUCAACUUCUGAUCCAGCUCCCUGCAAAUGGGCUGGGAAAAGCAGUGGAAGAUGAUUCAAGUUUAGAGGUCCCGUCACCCACAUGAGAGACCUGGCUCCUGACUUCUGCCUGGCCCAGCCCUUGGCCAUUGCAGCCAUCUGGGGAGUAAGCCUUUUCUCUCUUUCUCUCUGUAACUCUGCCUUUGAAAUAAAUAAAUAAAUCAUAAAAGUAUCAUUUUAAUAUAUGUGUGAAGACUUGUUUCUGGUGAUUCUGUUCUGCUUCAUUGGUCUAUAUGUCUAUUCUUAUAAGCAUCACACUAGGCUUGUAGUAAGUUUUGAUAAUGGAAACUGUGAAACUCAUAAUUGUCUUCAGGAAUAUUUGGAUAUUCAGAGUCCCCCAAGAUUCCAUGUUAAUUUUAACAUGGAUUUUUCUAUUUUUGGAUAAAAUAUUGAUAUUUUCACAGGAAUUGCAAUAUAUCUGUAGAUCAUUUUGGAUAAUAUUAAUAUCUUAACAAUGUUCAGUUUUUAAAAAUAAGCAGAAUUUUUUAUUUUUACAUGGAUCCUCUUUCAUUUCUUUUAUCAGAUAUCUUUGAUUAAGCUACAACUUUAAUAGAUUUGAAAAAAUAUUGGGGGCUGGCAUUGUGGUGCAGUGGGUUAAUCUGCCACCUGUAACACCAGCAUCCCAUAUGAGGAACAGUUCUAGACCCAGCUGCUCCACUUCCAAUCCAGUUCCCUGCCAAUGCACCUGGGAAAGCAGUGGAAGAUGGCCUAUGUGCUUGCAUCCUUGCCACCCACCGGAAGCUCUUGGCUUCUGGCUCUUGGCUUCUGCCUUUGGCAUAGCCCAACAUCAGCCAUUACAACCAUUUGGUAGGUGUACCAGUGGUUGGAAGAUCUCUCUGUGUCUCUCUUCCUUUUCUCCCUCUUUCUGUAACUCUGCCUUUCAAAUAAAUAAAUAAAUCUUUAAUUAAAAGGGAAGAAAAAUUAUGAUUCUCACUAAAUUUUCCUUGGUAAAAUAUACUUACUGCUCAUAAAACCAUAUUACAUUCAUAUUACUAGGCAAGGAACUUAAUAUUGUUAUGUUAUAAUGAAAGUUAAAAUUUUCUAUUCCAUUUCUAAUAGUGUAAAUAUUUCUACAUGUAGCCCAUAUAAAGAAUCCUUUACCCAGAGUGCAGUGAAACAUCACAGGUUAAGGACGCAGUCACCACAAGACUUGUUUCACUGCUGUAACUAGCCCACAGUUCAAGAGUUCCCAUGGACGUCUUCAGUUCUGACUAUCCUUUCCUUAUUUUUUUUUAUUUUUUAAAGAUUUAUUUACUUAUUUGAAAGGCAGAGUUACAGAGAGGCAGAGGCAGAGAGAGGGAGAAUGCUUCCAACCAAGGGUUCACUCCCCAAAUGGCUGCAACAGCUGGAGCUGGGCCGAUCCAAAGGCAGGAGCUUCUUCCAGGUCUCCCAUGCAGGUGCGCGGGCCCAGGGACUUGGGCCAUCUUCUACUGCUUUCCCAGGCCUUAGCAGAGAGCUGGGUGAGAAGUGGAACAGCUGGGUUUCGAACUGGCACCUGUAUGGGAUUCCAGCAUUGCAGGUGGCAGCUUUACCCACUAUGUCACCACUCCAGCCCCAACUAUCUUUUCAACAGAUACUCUUGAAGCAUUUGAAUAUAUACAAUGUGAAACCCCCACCUCAGCUCAACACCUGAGGUUCUGGUGAGUAGGUCAUCUGACGCUUUGGUGUAGAGUUUUAAUUAGGGCUCAACCACAUGCUGACCACCUGCUGCCUUUAGUCUCCAUCCCCUCCUGAAGGUUUGAACUAACACCUUCAGUCUCCAGUUACUCAGGGGUUGGAAGCGACUGGGCAUGUUCCAAAGGCCCCAACACAAAUCACAGUGGUGGACUGCCAGGGGGUAAACUCCCAGGCAAAGAUCCCAGCAGGCAGCACAUUCUAGGAGACCACUACCCAGCAGCAAAGGACAAAGGUCAGAUUUCCAUUUUUCCUUUAGAUAGAUGAUACCACAUAUGGGUUUUAUUUGCAUUUUCCUGAUGGCUAGUGAUAGUGAGCAUUUUUUCUGUAUGUUUGUUGGUCAGUUGUGUUUCUGCUUUGAGAAAUAUUUAUUCAGAUCCUAUACCUACUUCUUACCUGUACUUUUUCUUGCUGUUGUUGGUGGUGGUGAGUUUUUUUUAAUUUUUUAUUCUGGAUGCUAAUCCUUUGUCAGAAGAACAGUAUUCAAUGUUUUCUCUCAUUCUUGUGGUUGUCUCUAUACUAUGUUUAUUGUUUCCUUUGACCUCAGAAAAUUUUUUUUUAUUCCAUUUGCCUGUUUUUUUUUUUUUUUUUUACUUUGAUUGAUUGUACUUUGGAGGUGCUUCAAAAAUGCCUUUGCCUGUACUGACAUCUUUUUUUUUUUAGAAUUUUUUUUAUUUGACAGGUAGAGUUAUAGACAGUGAGAGAAAGACAGAGAAAAGGUCUUCCUUCCAUUGGUUCACUCCCCAAAUGGCCACUAUGGCUGGUGCUGUGCUGAUCCGAAGCCAAGAGCCAGGUGCUUCCUCCUGGUCUCCCAUGCGGGUGCAGGAGCCCAGACACUUGGGCCAUCCUCCACUGCCCUCCCGGGCCACAGCAGAGAGCUGGACUGGAAGAGGAGCAGCCAGGACUAGAACCCGGCACCUAUAUGGGAUGCUGGCGCCACAGGCAGAGGAUUAACCAAGUGAGCCACAGCGCCGGCCCCUGUACUGAUAUCUUCAAGUGUUCUCCUUAGGUUUUCUUCUAGAAGUUUCAUAGUUUCAGGUCUUACAUUUAGGGCUUUAAUCCAUUUUGUGUCAGUCUUUGUAUGGUGUGAAACAUAGAGGUCAAAUUUCAAUUUUCUGCAUGUGAGUGUUCAGUUUUAUCAGCACCAUUUAUUAAAGAGACUCUCUUUUCUCCAAGGUGAAUCUGAUGAUAUCACAUAGCUGAGAUGUGUGGACGUAUCUCCAGGAUCUCCAUUCUGGUACAUAUGUCCAUUUUUAUGCCAGUACCAUGCUGUUUUAGUAUAGUAUAGUAUAGUAUAGUAUAGUAUAGUAUAGUAUCCUCAUUUCAAACAUUUCAAAUGGUAUGAUUCUACAUGCAGAAAAACCUAAUGAUUCCACCAAAAGACUGCCAGCACUGAUAAACCAAUUUAGUAGUAUUUCAGGAAACAAAAUCAACUUUCAUAAAUCAGUAGCACUUAUAUGAACCAAUAAUGAACUUGCUGAGAAGGAAAUUAUAGGCACUGUGGCACAAUGGGCUAAAGCACUGACCUUAAGGGCCAGCAUUCCAUAUGGGCACUGGUUCUAGU